AUGGCAGCGACCUUCCACAGCGUGAUCCUCGGCCAGCCUGAGAUCGCAACGAUGGUCUUUGCGUUUCAGUUUGGCUUGUAUGAAGACGUGUGCCCGGCCUUCCGCGCCUGUCGUGAGCUCGUGGAGCUUGUCGCCAGGUUUCGAAGUUACGCAUGUGAUCCGUCCUUUCGCCAAGCGUUCGCGCCGAAUGCCGUGUGGUCGGACGACCUCGGGUACAUCACCCCAUUGAUGUAUGCUCUUCGCGGCAAUCAGCGCGACCCGCGUUUGCCACUGCAUGUGGCCAUUGCCCAAGGUUUCGUGCCGCUGACCAAGCGCAUUCUAUGCUGCCGACCCGACCUCGUCUCGGACGACGCGAUCGUCUUGGCCUUUGAGAAGAACCACCUAGCUAUCGUCGAGCUUCUACUGGACCAGCGCGAAAGCCUUGCGAGGCACUUGAAUUACUGGGGCAACAUGGUGGCUCGCGAUGACUCGAGAGGUCUUCUUUUACUCCAACGCUUUGGUCUGCACCCCGACGACGUGAUUGCCUCGGGUCGCCGGUAUGUGAUCAAUCGCGCGACGCUCAAGAACGCAACGCUCGCACUCGACCUUUUUCCGUGGCUUCUCUAUCCAAGUCUCUUGGAUGACAUUGCAGGCAAAGGAUUUUUGCCGCUCGUACGCUCGCUCCACGAACGCGGCCUCGACUGCUCGACGGUCGCCAUGAACGAAGCGGCGACCAAUGGCCAUUUGGAGGUCGUCAAGUUCCUCCAUUUCAACCGGACCGAAGGCUGCACAAUCGGCGCACUCGAGUGGGCUAUUCUCAACGGCCACCUCGAUGUUGUCCGCUUUCUCAUUGCGCAUCGCACCGAAGGCGCAUCGCCCACCGUCCUCGACUUUGCUGCUGCGAACGGCCACUUUGACGUCGUUCAGCACCUCCAUUCUCUGGGCACGUUUGGCUGCACCGUCGCCGCCGUCGACCACGCCGCUUCUGGCGGUCACCUGAAUAUCGUCGAGUUUCUCUUGAUGCACCGAAGUGAGGGGUGCACCCAUGACAAAGUCGUUGAAAAAGCGCUCAAGGGUUGUCAUCCGCAUAUGGCAAGGUACCUCCUCUCGCGCGGGUAUCCGUUUCCAACGUCGGAGCUCAACUUGGAUUACUUUUGCUUUGGCAACCCCGAGAGCGUUGGCGUCUUUGAGCUCUUGGUCGCACACGGUCGACCGAUUGAGGAGGAUUGGUUCCUCCAAGCCUGCGUUGACAGCAAUUUGCCUCUCGUUCGCCUCCUGUACGCAUACGCCGACCCUGCCUGGCACCCCGAAGCGCUCAAAGAAGCCGUCCGAGUCAACGCGUGGGACAUUGUGCGCUUUCUUUUGGCCAACGACGCGAUGGACGUGUCGGCCGACACCCUCAAAAAGGCGCUACGCUCUGGCUACUUUGAUCUCGCUGCGCAAAUUCUGCGGCGGCAACCCGAGCUCCGACACGAGAAGCUACUCGAGGCCGCUGCAGCCAGCCACAACGCCAAGGCCAUCCGAUUGCUCCUUGCUGCCGGCAUUGGCAACCCGCGCGAGGUCCUCCUUGAGAUUGCAGGUCGUAAACAACACGUGACCGAUUGCAAGCUCCUCCUGCCGUGCUGCAUGGAUGCGACCGACCAUCUCGACAACAUUAGCUUUCUAUUGGACCUGCUCGCUCUGCCCGACCGCCACCGUGCGACGACCCUCCAGUUGAUCACAUCCGAGCUCCUGGAGCAAGGAAGAAAGGCCAGCCAAACGAUGCAGCUAGCACCUAGCGCGGCGGCGCGAGCGUCUAAUUUGCUACAGGCGGGCGAGGUUGUCGACUGGGCGUUGGCCCUCGUCAUGGGCCAUCUUCGUGCGACGGCCACCAUCGAGGAGCUCGAGAAGAAGACAGCAUUGGUCGAAGAUGCCGAGCUUAAGACGCAGCUCCAACGUUUGCUCGAAGAGAAGCCGUAG